CUCUCUCUACCUUCCCUUUUCUUCAAAUCUCCCUCUUUCCUCGUUCAAUUUCUGCCCUUGUGUUGCUAAACUUUAAUUUCAAAUUAGUGUGGGUUUCUUGAAAUUCCUCUGAAAAAAACGCAAGCGGGUUUCUUUGUGGGUGGGAGUUUUUCUUGUUUAGCUCACCCAGAUCUAUCCAUUUCUAACAAAGGAUGGGUGUGAUUUCACGCAACAUAUUCCCGGCAUGUGAGAGCAUGUGUGUGUGCUGCCCUGCAUUAAGGUCACGGUCUCGACAGCCUGUUAAGCGUUACAAGAAAUUGCUCGCCGAAAUAUUCCCCAAAACUCCUGAUGGUCAUCCAAACGAUAGAAAAAUCGUAAAGCUAUGUGAAUACGCUUCUAAAAAUCCUUUCCGCAUCCCAAAGAUUGCUAAAUAUCUUGAAGAAAAAUGUUACAAAGAACUUCGAAGUGGCAACAUCAAACUUGUCGGUAUCGUCGCCGAAGCUUACAACAAAUUACUCUGCAGUUGUAAGGACCAAACGGCUUAUUUUGCCGUUAGUUUGGUGAACGUAGUUAUCGAACUGUUGGAUGAAUCUAAGCAAGAUUCCGUCCAGAAAAUGGGAUGCGAUACUCUCACUACGUUUGUGUACUGUCAGGUGGAUGGAACUUAUACACACAACAUUGAAAACUUUGUUCAUAAAGUGUGCAUGCUUGCACGUAAGACUGAAGACGAGCAUCAAAAGCGUGGUUUAAGGGCAUCGAGUUUGCGGUGCCUUUCAGCCAUGGUUUGGUUCAUGGCAGAGUUCUCGCAUGUAUUUGAUGACUUUGAAAAGAUUGUGCAUGCUACUCUCGAUAACUACGAAACAGAGUCACAAAACGAAGAAGACGAAGAACGAAGGGAGGCGCAUCAUAAUUGGGUUGAUGAGGUGGCAAGAUCCGAGGGAAGAGGUGUUAUGACAGGUGUCGGUGGCGAGUUCAGCCCUAGCCACAUGAUCGUAAGAUUCCAGCCUGAAAAGAGAGACCCUUCUCUCUUAACAAGAGAGGAGAUUGAGACGCCAAAAAUUUGGGCUCAAAUAUGUAUACAAAGGAUGGUUGAUCUGGCGAAAGAAAGCACGACAAUGCGACGAAUAUUGGAACCGAUGUUUGUUUAUUUCGACAUGAGAAGGCACUGGGUCCCACAGCAUGGCCUGGCCCACGUCGUUCUUUCCGAUAUGUCAUCCUUUGUUGAAAAUCCAGGGCAUCAGCAGUUAAUACUAGCUGGGGUUGUUCGGCAUCUGGACCACAAGAAUGUAGCACACGAUCCACAGAUGAAAUGCCACAUCAUCCAGACCGCCAGCUGUCUGGCCCGUCAAAUUCGGUCAGAAGCAGUUAUUUCCGAUAUGGGAUUCGUUAGUGAUCUCUUCAGACACCUGCGCAAAAGCUUUCAAGCAACAGCUGAAUCAGUUGGGGAUCAAGAACUCAAUCUAAAUGCUUCCUUACAAACUUCCAUCGAAACUUGUUUGUUGGAAACCGUCAGAGGGAUUGUUGAUGUGCGGCCGCUAUUCGAUAUGAUGGCAAUUACACUCGAGAAACUUUCUCCGAUACGAGUUGUUGCCAGAGCAGCAAUUGCGUCUCUUAUAAUUCUUGCUCAUGUCAUUUCGUUGGCUUCUAUAUCUUUUCACUCUCAGCAAGUGUUUCCGGACGCUCUUUUCAUUCAACUGCUGAAAGUGAUGUUGCAUCCCGAUAUAGAAAUACGUGUCGGGGGGCAUCAAAUAUUCUGUAUACUUGUAAUCCCAAGCUUUGCCCAUGCAAGAAACGACGUCUCCAACCAUACAAGGAGGUGGCAUAGCAAAAGCGCAUCCACUUUUUCCUCAAUUACAUCUCUGCUCGAUAAGCUUCGUCUCGAAGUAUACGGUGGCACUAAUACUAAUAACGCGACGGAAAAAAUCGACGAAGAGUCGAAGCAUGGAAAGUCGCACAAGAGUUCUCCUAAUAUGCACAUAAUAAGCUCGAUCGUUGACCGGUCAAACGGACCAUCUCUUACCUUGUCUGAGAAUGAACAAUAUUUUCUGCAAUGCAACGAGGAUCAAAUAGCGCAGUUGCUGUCGGCUUUAUGGAUACAAGUCAAUCUUCCCGAUAAUCUACCUGCUAAUAUUGAAGCUAUGGCUCAUUCGUUCUGUUUAGCACUUAUUUCUUCGCGGCUUAAGAAUCCAAACGACAACCUAGUACUCAGAUUCUUUCAGCUACCUCUGUCGAUUAGAAAGAUGUGUUUAUACUCGACAAAUGGAUGCUUGCCGCCAGUUUAUCAAAGAUCGCUUCUUGUAUUAUCCACUGCAAUGUUGACGUUCGCUGUAAAGCUGUAUCAUAUUAGCGAGGCGCAUACGUUGCAUAAUUUGUUACUCGACUCCGACGUGGAUAUGUACGUCGGCAUAACCGAUGAAUUUCAAGUGUACGUAAAGCAUCAAUCCGAAGCGACUGCUUACGGAAGUGCUUCUGAUAACGAAGAAGCUUCGACGACUCUAGUCGAGGUGCGGGAAAAGGCUUACGAAUCCGACAGAGUUGUGUUUGCUACGUUAGUCGACGGUUUGUCCGCCGUAACAAAGUUUGAGGCAGAAGAAAUUGCUAAGCAGCUAUCGGAAGAAUUUUUACCGGACGAAGCUUUCUUGUUCGGCCCACAAUCAAUGCUCGACAUGGAUCAUAUCCAAAGGGUUGCGCACUCGAAGGAAACACUAUCCUUCGAUGGGGAAUUUUCUGCUAAUUCACUAAUUGAAGACGACGCAAUGAGUAUAUCAUCAGUUGCUGAUAUAUCUCGUUUCAUACCCAAAAUACCCGCUUCUCCAUCUCCUUCGAUGUCCCAUAUUGUCAGCAUCGGCCAGCUUCUAGAAUCGGCGCUCGAGGUAGCUGGUCAAGUAGCGGGCGCAUCUGUGUCCACGUCACCGCUUCCGUACAGCACAAUGACGAAUCAGUGCGAAGCCUUUGGCACCGACACGAGAAAGAAGCUUUCUAAUUGGUUGGCCGUUGACAAUAAUUCCACAAAAGUCAACGGUAUGUUGGUCCCUUCAUUUCCUGCGACUAACGGGCUUUCAGUUAUCGACAAGAUAAGCAACGGUGAAAAUGUUCCAGCGGCAAAUACUUGGUUAGCGCUGAGGUUGCCACCUACGAGCCCUUUUGACAACUUCCUCCGAGCAGCUCGUGGUUAGAAAUUCAAUCUGAGUGUUCUCAUUAACUAACAGGUUGUAAAUUGUUAGGACGGUAAUUUAAGGAAGUUUGUAGUAUCAAAUGUUAUUCGAGCACCAGGAUUGAUGAUUUAGGAAAACUAUUGUUUGUGUUCGCCUUUUGAUCGUCACUUUUGUAAAAUUUCGUAACUGGUGGUGUAAUCUUCUGAAAAUUCUUUGAAAAGACCCUUUGUGGAAACAUUCAAAUUCAGAUUUGUCAAAGCUUACACUCA